CACAACAAGGCCUUCCAGCACACGCUAGCGGACUCUCGGAUGAGAGGGGGCUGUUCGCCGAUUGGGUAGGGGGCAAAUUUGCGGCGCGCGUUGGCCAGCGCGUUGGCCAGCCCACUGCGGGAUCUGGGCAUCCGGCGACGGCGGCCCGAGCGACGCCUCUACUGAAGGGAAGCCAGGGAGGGAGGAGCGACACAGCGUCUGGCAAAAGGGCAAUCCGGCGGUUGGCUGGCUCGCCGGCGCGGCUUCCCCUCCGUAGAUCCUAAACCCUAAACGCCAUCGCCAAAGCCUUCGUCAGCCAGUCCUCCAAGGCACAGGAAAGUUGAGGGAAGCACGGGUGGUAUUUGGAGUUUUGUGCAGAUAAGACCACCACGCAUCCAAUCCAUCCCUGUCUUCUCUUCCCACUUCCCAGUCCCCAAUCGCGUUCUCUUCCUUGGCGACAUGGCGGCCGCCACCGGCUACAGCGACGCCCCAACCGACGAGCAACUGCUGGCGUACGCUGAGCUGCCCAAACAUGGCCGCGACAUGGCGGAGGUGUUCGCCGUGCGCAUCCCCGCCACCGUCGGAGGAAACCUGCCGCCCCGUGGCAGCAUCGUUUUCUACGGCGGCCACUGCUGCAGCGAUUUCAUUUACAGCUGGAGUCCACUGGAAGAGGAAGAAGACACCUCGAAGCAAAUCUGCGACAGCCAGGGUAACCUCGUGCUAACUGGGCCAUCAUUGGCCACCUCGGCAUACAGUCCAAUUGCUUUCUUCCUCUACCUCCAUGAUGGCAGCCCGCAAGCCGGAGAAGCCACCGAGGACGACGAGGACAUCGGGAGGAUACUCUGCGACUGCAUCGGCGACGACUUCUCCAACUACAACAGGGCCAUAGUCGAGACUGUCCAAACGGGCUAUGGCCCCGCUGAAGUGAUCUAUGCCGUCCUGAGCAACGGCGUCCAAGGCCGGGUCGCCGUCAAACUUGCUCGCCCGCCGGUGUCCAAAGCUGGAGAAGAAGACGCCACCACCAUUCUUGGGAGGAUCGUUGCUCGCAGCAAGCUGUUCGACGUCGGCUGCGUGCUCUUCUACAAAGAGGGUGACAAUGGAGUGAACGUGCGACCGGGGGGGCUGAUUCAGUUGGCGAGGGAAGCGCUCGCCGUGCCGCUGCACAUGCCGCUGACGAUUGAGCUUGACCUGCAUCGCUGUUCCGGCGAUGAAAUUGUUGGAGGGGUCCUUGAGUUCAAUCCUGCGACCAACGGCCAGCACACGGAACGACUUGUUGGAGAAAAUGGCGCUGAAUUGGAAGUGGCAAUUUCAUGGUCGCAGUACCCUUGGCAUUGAAAGGACACCAGCUGGCUUAGCCUUUCGGUGACUCUAAACACCACGGCACUUUCAGGUGACACUUCCACAUUAUAAACAUUGUUGUGAGAAACUAGGAGUGCACAUCAGUAGCCGGCGGUAGGAAUGUAAAUUUUUAAAUUCGCAAGUAACUAGUAGUUUGUAAUGAAGUUUUCUUUAUACCUAUUUGUGGAUUUGAAGAUGUUUGUAACACAAGCUUUUGUGCUUGUACUGUAAGUUGACAAUUUACAUUUGAGAUAUUAAAAAAAAUCCACUUAUUGAAACACCCUAGCUUCAAAUCCUUCAGUCUUGCACACAGAGCUACAUGUCUGUCCAGUCCAAGGUGGUUGCGCUUGGUGCACUGAUCUUCUUCCUUGUCUCGUAUGGCUCUUGCACUGGAGGAUGGACUCCAAGCGCCGGCUGCAGGGGCCCUUCUCGCUGCGCAUCACUAACGAGUCCGGCGAGACACUGGUGGCUUACCAGGUCAUCCCGGCAAACUGGGCGCCCAACAGCUACUACCGCUCCAACAUCCAGUACGAGGCUUUUGGCUCUGCUGCUGGACAGGCUACUGGCUCUGCUGUUGGACUGGUCAUUAGCUCUGCUGCUCGACUGCACACGUUAAUUACCAGGAUCAUUGGCUUGAUCUGUUUGGUAUUGUUGUAUCAUUUGCAAGGGAUUGAGGUGCCUUAGUUUUAAUUAGCACUUGACAUGUUGGGUGUCCUACGCUGUGUGUCUGCUGGAGGCGUCGUCGAUCCAGAGUUUCAUCUUUUCGAAAAAGUUUUGAACCCAAAUAAUUUUCCUAUGAAUUUCGUUGAUUCCUGCGUGACAGGUAGUUGAUGUAGCUCUGUGGGAAAUGUACACUUGUAUUUGGUGCUGGAUA